ACACAGCAUAAUGAACCCACACAGCCAGACUGACCCCUGCAACCUGCACUGCUCAGGUAAUCACACUAUAAUGAACCCACACAGCCAGACUGACCCCUGCAACCUGCACUGCUCAGGUAAUCACACUACAAUGAACCCACACAGCCAGACUGACCCCUGCAACCUGCACUGCUCAGGUAAUCACACUACAAUGAACCCACACAGCCAGACUGACCCCUGCAACCUGCACUGCUCAGGUAAUCACACUAUAAUGAACCCACACAGCCAGACUGACCCCUGCAACCUGCACUGCUCAGGUAAUCACACUACAAUGAACCCACACAGCCAGACUGACCCCUGCAACCUGCACUGCUCAGGUAAUCACACUACAAUGAACCCACACAGCCAGACUGACCCCUGCAACCUGCACUGCUCAGGUAAUCACACUACAAUGAACCCACACAGCCAGACUGACCCCUGCAACCUGCACUGCUCAGGUAAUCACACUACAAUGAACCCACACAGCCAGACUGACCCCUGCAACCUGCACUGCUCAGGUAAUCACACUACAAUGAACCCACACAGCCAGACUGACCCCUGCAACCUGCACUGCUCAGGUAAUCACACUACAAUGAACCCACACAGCCAGACUGACCCCUGCAACCUGCACUGCUCAGGUAAUCACACUACAAUGAACCCACACAGCCAGACUGACCCCUCCAACCUGCACUGCUCAGGUAAUCACACUACAAUGAACCCACACAGCCAGACUGACCCCUGCAACCUGCACUGCUCAGGUAAUCACACUACAAUGAACCCACACAGCCAGACUGACCCCUGCAACCUGCACUGCUCAGGUAAUCACACUACAAUGAACCCACACAGCCAGACUGACCCCUGCAACCUGCACUGCUCAGGUAAUCACACUACAAUGAACCCACACAGCCAGACUGACCCCUGCAACCUGCACUGCUCAGGUAAUCACACUAUAAUGAACCCACACAGCCAGACUGACCCCUGCAACCUGCACUGCUCAGGUAAUCACACUAUAAUGAACCCACACAGCCAGACUGACCCCUGCAACCUGCACUGCUCAGGUAAUCACACUAUAAUGAACCCACACAGCCAGACUGACCCCUGCAACCUGCACUGCUCAGGUAAUCACACUAUAAUGAACCCACACAGCCAGACUGACCCCUGCAACCUGCACUGCUCAGGUAACUUUGAAAGAGGUUUUACAUCCAUUUUAUUCCCUCUUACUAUUAAUCCAAUCUUAUUACUGAGUCGCUGUUCACAGACCAUGUGACUUUAGCACUGGAAGACAUGUAGUAGGGGGCUGGUUGGAGGACAGGUAGUAGCAGGGGGCUGGUUGGAGGUAGGUAGUAGCAGGGGGCUGGUUGGAGGCAGGUAGUAGCAGGGGGCUGGUUGGAGGUAGGUAGUAGCAGGGGGCUGGUUGGAGGCAGGUAGUAGCAGGGGGCUGGUUGGAGGUAGGUAGUAGCAGGGGGCUGGUUGGAGGCAGGUAGUAGCAGGGGGCUGGUUGGAGGCAGGUAGUAGCAGGGGGCUGGUUGGAGGACAGGUAGCAGCAGGGGGCUGGUUGGAGGCAGGUAGCAGCAGGGGGCUGGUUAGAGGACAGGUAGCAGCAGGGUGCUGGUUGGAGGCAGGUAGUAAACUAUGGAUGAAUGUGGUAUCACAAUGUUGCACUUAUAGAAGGCACAGGCCCUCUGUUUGACAUAUCACCCAAUCAGACUGCAGCCUGUGAUUUGUGGACAGCCAACACAGCUAAA